AAAAGAAUCAAUCAUUUCUACCUAAAAACGAAAAAGAAUCAAUCAUUUCUACCUGUCAACAGUAACAAAAUGCCUUCGAAACUCAUUGUCCUUGCCAUUCUAUGCACUUUCGAGGUGUCGUCGAGCUUUGUUGUCUCCAACGGAGGAACCAGGCUUUCUCCCCAUUUGCCGAACACAGGGGUAUCCAAUGUUCCUGGGCUUUCACCUUUAUUUUCCACUCCAGCAACCGAUAGCGACCUGAAUCUUGAACAAAAAAAUCGUUUGGACGGCCUUCACCGAGAUGCCGAUGUCAUUUUCUCUGUCAUUGACGCUGAUGGCAGCGGGACCAUCUCUCGGGACGAGUUGACCAGCCACUUGUCCGCCUCAGGUUUCAGCGAACAAGUCAUUGAUAAGAUAUUCGCCAAGCUCGACAAAAACAAGGACGAGUCUAUUUCUCAGGAGGAAUUUCGUACAGGCUUUGCAAUCCUUCCUGGUCUACAGAGUGCACCAGGACUCGGUAACUUCAAUGCUCAGUUUGUGAAGGAACUCCAUCAAGACGCUGAUCAGGCUUUUCAAGCAGCAGAUGCUGAUGGCAACGGAUCUAUUGAUGAGUUCGAGUUGAAGAGCCAUCUGGGCAGAAUGUUUGGAAAGUAUUCUGAGAAGGCCAUCGAAAAUAUGUUCCAGUUGCUCGAUGUGAAUGGCGACGAAAACAUUUCAAAGGAAGAGUUUAGAGAUGCCUUCGUCCGAUACUCUGCUUUGCGACAAGCUGUUGGCGAAGGACCAAACUUCAAAUAGACAUCAUGCGACAGCUUCAUGCAUUCAUUGGAUGUGAAAAGGUGAGCGUACCGGUACCAGUAUACCGGUUGAUCACCGAAAACAAAGAACGAAGAUAAAAUCUAGUCUACUACAUGUUGGUUAUCAAUGGGAUUAUUAUUAGCCUUGGAGUUGUUGCUCUCGGACUGGCAGUGA